GAAGAAUCUUACAUCUCUCUCUCUCUCUCUCUCUGAAGACAUUAUUCUUGCUUUUUCUUUGGUGAAAGCCCGUUUCUUGUGAUUUGCUGUGCUGUUGGCUCUUUCUGAUAUCUUUUCCUUUGGUGGCAGCAGCAGUGGCAGUAGCAACAGUCAAGUGCAUACCACCGAAGCUGCAAUUAUAAAAAGCUUCACACACCUCCACACCCCCUCCCAAAGCAAAAGAGCAAAAAGCUUCAGAUGCUCUCUUUUCUCUCCACCGCUUUCCCUUUUAUUUCCUCGGCAGUGGUCCUUUGAAAGGCAUUCUUGGCUCCUCUCUUCUAUGCUCCGUUUCUCGCUUCCUCUUAAUGGAAAUGUGAACCUGGGAGGUGCCUGAAGGUUUACAUGAGUAAGCGAAGAGGAGAGUUCAAGAUUGAGUUUUGGUUGAUGGAAGAUUAGCCCGGGAUUUUUGUUCUUCUUCCGCUGCUGUGGGCUACAUGAGCAGGUGAAGAGGAGAGUUCAAGAUUGAGUUUUGAUUGUUUUGGGUUUCUCCGUCUCCAGUGCGUUCGAUUUUUGUUUCUCUACGGUUGGAUGACAGGAAUGCAUUUGGAGAGUUGAGGGGUCGUUGACGGUCCAAUAAUGGAGGGAGUUGUGGCGGUGCAUUUAUUGGUGCUGUCUCUAUUGGGUCUUUAUCUGAGAUGUCUUUGUCAAGAGGAUGCUGCCGUGUACAUUGUGACCAUGAAGCAGCCCUCUGCAGCUCAUUACUCUGAUGAAGUGAAGAGGUUCGGGAGCAGCGGGGUAAGUGCCGGUGCCUCUGGGGCAUUCAACACCCUCAACAAGCCAAGGAAUGCAUCACGGACAAAUACAAGUUACAGUUCAUAUUUGAUUCGGCUUCAGAAUUUGCUACUGAAAAGGACAUUGAGAGGGGAGAAAUAUCUGAAGCUAUAUAGCUACCAUUACUUGAUUAAUGGAUUUGCUGUGCUUAUCACCCCUCAACAGGCAGACAAGCUUUCUCGGAGGCAUGAGGUAGCAAACUUAAUGUUGGACUUCUCAGUUAGGACUGCAACUACACACACUCCAGAAUUCUUAGGUCUGCCUCAUGGAGCUUGGGCCCAAGAUGGAGGUCCUGAAGUUGCUGGGGAAGGAAUCGUUAUUGGUUUUAUUGACACAGGAAUAGAUCCUACGCAUCCCAGCUUCUCUGAUACUCUUUCUAUCAAUCACUAUCCUGUUCCUGCUCAUUUUUCUGGUAUUUGUGAAGUUACAAGAGAUUUUCCAUCUGGAUCAUGUAACAGAAAGCUUGUUGGUGCUCGUCAUUUUGCUGCUUCUGCUAUUAUUAGGGGUAUGUUCAAUGCUACUCAGGACUAUGCUUCACCAUUUGAUGGUGAUGGUCAUGGAACGCACACAACCUCCAUUGCUGCUGGCAAUCAUGGAAUACCUGUUAUUGUCUCAGGGCAUCAUUUUGGUAAUGCAAGUGGCAUGGCCCCUCAUGCACACAUUGCUGUUUAUAAAGCUCUGUACAAAAGCUUUGGAGGCUUUGCUGCUGAUGUUGUUGCUGCAAUAGAUCAGGCAGCUCAAGAUGGUGUUGAUAUCAUAAGUUUAUCUAUCACACCGAAUAGGCGUCCUUGGGGGCUAGCAACAUUCUUCAAUCCAAUAGACAUGUCAUUGCUCUCAGCCGUAAAAUCUGGAAUAUUUGUUGUACAAGCAGCAGGAAAUACUGGACCUUCGCCAAAGAGUGUAUCUUCCUUCAGCCCUUGGAUAUUUACUGUAGGUGCCUCUGCUCACGAUAGAGUAUACAAUAACUGGCUACUGCUUGGUAACAAUCUAACAAUUUCAGGAGUUGGACUUGCACCUGGAACAGAUGGCGACUCAAUGUUUCCUCUUAUUGCUGCUAUUCAUGCCAUGAAAAAUAACACCACCGUAGCAAAUGAUAUGUAUUUGGGAGAAUGCCAAGAUUCAAGUUAUCUAGAUGAAGAUCUGAUUGAUGGGAAGAUAUUGAUCUGUAGCUAUUCAAUCAGAUUUGUUCUGGGACUCUCUUCCAUCAAACAAGCAUUGGAGACAGCAAAGAAUGUUAGCGCGGUUGGAGUUAUAUUCUACAUGGAUCCAUUUGUUACUGGGUUUCAUCUGAACCCAAUUCCUAUGGAUAUGCCAGGCCUGAUAAUACCAUCUACAGAUGACUCCAAGGUAUUUUUUGACUACUAUAAUAGCUCCUUAGUGAGAGAUGACAUGUCGAAGAGCAUCAUCAAGUAUUGUGGUGUUGCAAACAUAUUAGGAGGUCUUAAGGCUAACUACAGCAACACUGCCCCAAAAGUGAUGUACUACUCUGCUAGAGGACCAGAUCCAGAGGACAACUCCUUAGCCGAUGCUGAUAUAAUGAAACCUAAUCUGAUAGCUCCCGGUAAUUUCAUAUGGGGUGCUUGGAGUUCUGUGGGAACUGACUCUGCCGAAUUUGAAGGUGAGAGUUUUGCAAUGAUAUCUGGUACAAGUAUGGCUGCUCCACAUAUAGCAGGUCUAGCUGCUCUGAUCAAGCAAAAGUUUCCUAGUUUUAGUCCUUCAGCCAUUGCCUCGGCCCUCUCCACAACUGCCACGCUAUAUGACAGGCAAGGUGGCCCCAUAAUGGCCCAACGAGCUUACAGAAAUCCAGAUUCCAACCAGUCUCCUGCGACACCAUUUGACAUGGGCAGCGGCUUUGUUAAUGCAACUGCUGCUCUAGACCCGGGACUUAUCUUCGAUACAGGUUAUGAUGACUUCAUUUCCUUUCUUUGUGGCAUCAAUGGAUCCGGUCCCAUAGUACUAAACUACACCGGUCAUACCUGUGAGGUUUCUAACAUGACAGGCUCAGAUCUGAAUAUUCCUUCCAUUACAAUAUCACUGCUCAAUCAAUUGAGAGUUAUCGUGAGAACAGUCACCAACGUAGCAAAUGAUGAGUAUUACCAUGUCAGCUGGAGUGCUCCAUUUGGAGCUUCAGUUUCUGUGGCGCCGGCUCAGUUUUUUGUUGCAAGUGGACAGCAACAAAACUUGACUAUUGUACUAAACGCAACCAUGAAUUCUUCCUUUGCUAGCUUCGGCAGUAUCGGGCUUUAUGGUAACCUAGGCCAUAAGUCCAUCAUUCCUUUGUCUGUCAUCUCUAAGAUCACACAAGACACCACACCAAGGAGAAGGAAAUGCUGACCGUUUCGCUUGCUUUGGCUGCCGGAAUUGACCUGAUUGUUUAUUCAUUUUGUUGUACAUCUUGAAGUAUCUUGGUGUAAUUAAUUAGCAAAGGGAGCAAACAAUAAUUGGAAGAAUGUAUAUUAAUCCCCUCUUUACAUGACUUGGUUUUGCAAAGCUGAUGAUGGAACUUAUAUAUAUCUUUUCCUUUUGCUUUUGUUA